AUGGGCAGAUGCCAUUCCAGGCUGCCCCAGGUGGGAAAAACCCUGAGGCCUCAGCAGAAGGAUCUGCUCAAAUCCCUCCGGAUCAUCUUUGUAAUGGGAGGACCAGGCUGUGGCAAGGGGACACAAUGUGAGAACAUGGCAGCCAAGUACGGCUUCUGCCACGUGGGCCUUGGGGAGCUAUUGAGGGAGGAGGCAAAUCAGGCCACUGUGCGGGGCCAGCAAAUCCGGGACAUCAUGCUGAAGGGCCUUCUGGUGCCCACGGGUGUGAUUCUGGACAUGGUGAGUGACAACAUGCUGUCCCGACCAGAAAGCAAAGGCUUUCUCAUAGAUGGAUUCCCCAGGGAGCUCAACCAAGCCAAGGAGUUUGAGCGCAUUGUAGUAAAGAGAAAAAAGUCAGUCUGCAGAAGACCUCAGGUGGGCCGCUCCCCCAACAUCGUCAUCGUCUUUGACUGCUCCACGGAGACCAUGAUUCACCGAGUGCUGCUUCGAGGCCAGAAAGGACACCGUGAGGAUGAUGCUGAGGAUAUUGUACGACAGCGGUUGGAGACCCAUUACACCCUAUGUGAACCCAUCUUGGCUUUCUACCAGCAAAAAAACCUUCUUCGGAAUAUCCUGGCGGAAGAUGCUGCAGAAAACAUCUUUGCCAAAUGCUGCUCCGUCAUCGACAGUCUGCAGUAG